AUGUUGCAGAUUUUUGUGGUUUUAUCUAUAAUAUGUGUGUCUUCAUUGGAAGGAUGUAAAGAACAGUGCCUUUUUCACUAUGAUGUAACAUUUAAUGAUGCUCAUAGUCGGUGUGGACAUCUCACUAGAGGAGAUGUCACCAUCUUCGACAGCAAGGCAGUAUUUUCUGGCGAUGGCUACAUUUCUUUACCAGUUUUUGAACGGAACACACUACAACCAUACUUCGCUAUGGCCUUUAAGGUCAAGUACACUGGAAAGCACGGUAAUCGACAAAAGUCUAUAGCUAUUUUGAGCAAUGGGUGUGGUGAGUCGAGACCGUCAAUCGAACUCAGCUUACUCGAGUCGACAAUGACUCUGAAAAUGGUUCUGACUGUCGAUGAGAUGAAGAGCGAAGAAGUCGUUCUUAGUGUCCCUAAUGUCGAUAUAAGAAAAGAAACGUUGAUCAAGAUAGGACAAGAUGGUAAUAAGAUUCAGUUUAAAGUUGGUGAUAAGCCUAUUCAUGUUAUGGAAAAGGGAAUGUAUGAACAUAUCGUAUUAUCAGAGUGUCCUUUACAAAUUGGAUCAGGUUAUGGGUUACUUCCCCUUGUAGGAGAAUUUGACGAGUUUGUAUUCUACCCGUGUAUUAACGAAGGUUUUUUCGAGCAGGAAAUAUUCCCCUAA